CUUCGACUCACAGCGCAGAUGGUGCAGUGACACGUCGACAGCAUGUUGAUCGGAGCCGUAACAGCAGGAUCAGAGUGGAUGUAAGUCCUCGCGCCCGCGAAACUGACACCAACAUGCCCCCACUAAUAGAACGGCAGAACAAAACUACCAGAGCCAGACGCAUAUUUGACGAGGACCAACGGGACGAAAAGCUGCGGGGGCCCGAACAAAAUCAAGACCAGUUUCAGCAGGCCGCCGCAACUCGCAGGACGUUUAAACUAGAUCCACGCUUUGAAAGAUCGAACAGGAGGAUCACUAGCAGUACAUUUGCAGCAGCAGCUCAUGCUAAAACUGAGAGAUCCACGAGGAGCACAUCGUCCGCAGAUCUUCAUGGUGGGAGAACGAAGGCGUCGCGGCAGAGGAGAAGUGAGUACGAGCAGGAUCAUCAGGAAUCUGUGCUGCAGGUUGUAGAGCAGGCUGCACGUCACGACCACGACGGUAUGAAGAUGAAGAAAAGAUCAAGACCCAUGGGCCUAACAUCACGAGACCAAAGAGUACUACUAGAGCCUCAUCUCGCUGCAAGUGAAGACUUUUCAUCUGUCCUCCGCGAAGGCAAGAGCAGGAGAACUGCAAGCGUGCCACCUCCUGGUGGUCCUGGCGGAAUAUUAGCCGGCAGCAAAUCCUCCGCGGCUUCCAGUACGUAUUCGUUGCGGGGCAUGUCGAGAGAGGAGUACUACGCAAGGCGGAAGUUGAUGUAUG